AUGUCGUCACCUGCGGAUGUUACGAUUAGUCACACUACGGUCGAACAUUGUAACUGUAAGAGUUCUUGCUGCACCAAACGGAAAGAAAACAGUAGCCGCGGUUGUCCAUGCAAGGGCCGAAAUGAAAUGUGUUCCUUGAACUGCCGAUGUGGUACUAGUUCGAAACCUUGUAAAAACAAGGCCUUUAUCGCUACAUUAGAUGAGGCUAUGGUUAGAAAAUUAGCUGUUCGGAGCCUGAGAAGAGGCAUUGGGAGCAUGGAUUAUAUCCACUCUCUCUUGAUAAUGGAAGACUACCUUGACAGUGAGGAGGAAGAUGGAACAGGAGAAUUUGGAGAACAGUUAGGAGACCUUUCCAACACAACUGUCAAUGAAAGAGCACAAGCAGCUGAACCUGAACCUGAUGAACCCAUGGAAGGAACAGUGCCUGACUGGUGUGUAUGUCAUCGUUGUAGACCAAUGCCACAGGAAGUGGAAAACAAAUGCUGUAGACAAAAGAAAUGUAUAACAUAUUCAUCAAGGUUUGCUAAAUUAUGUAUGGAUCCUGAUGUUUUAGAAUUAUGCAUCAGGAACACUAGUGAUAUACGAAAUGACCAAGAGGACAACUCAACUAGAGCAUUUCGCAAGGCAGCAUACCGGCAGUUUAUUUUGGCUCGGUAUGGCUAUCUGGGCAAAGGGAAUCGGAGGGUCUGCCCAUCCUGUGUAGUACUAAAGAUCAGAUCUCGUUAUCCAUCGCUCACAGGAGUGUAUAUGGGGUAUAGAGAGCAGUAG